ACAAAUUCCCUGCCACCAGACCAACACGCCCGCGCAUCCAUAAAGCGCCCCCUCCCACCUCUCCAAAAAGUUUCAAAGCACCGCUUCAUCCUUCCACCUCUCUCUCUCUCUCUGUCUCUCUCUCAGAAUUCCAGUCGUAUCUCAGCAGGAAAAGCCCAAUCCAUUGGCCUGCGGCGAUGACAAACCCCGCCACUCAGAUGCCGCCGGGCUUCCGGUUUCAUCCCACCGACGAGGAGCUCAUCCUGCACUAUCUCAGAAACCGAGCCCUUGCGUCUCCCUUGCCCGUUUCCAUUAUCGCUGAGGUCGAUAUAUACAAGUUCGAUCCAUGGGACCUUCCUGCGAAGGCGGUGUUCGGGGAGCGAGAGUGGUACUUUUUCAGUCCGAGGGAUCGGAAGUACCCAAACGGAGUCCGGCCGAACCGUGCGGCGGCGUCUGGGUAUUGGAAGGCAACUGGAACCGAUAAGCCUAUAAUCUCAAGGAAUGAGAAUAUUGGAGUGAAGAAGGCGCUUGUGUUUUACACGGGGAGGCCGCCUAAGGGGCUCAAAACUGAUUGGAUCAUGCACGAGUAUAGACUGGCUGACUCACCGAACAACAAAAGUUAUAAGCCUAUCAGACUGGGAGACCAUUCCAUGAGGGUAAGUUUCUAAUCUUUAUUUAUUAUCUCUUAUUCUAAUUAAAUGUUUUUGCAUAAGGACUAGCUAUUAUUUUUUGAAAAAUAUGUUUAUGGAUGUUAUGAAAUUUUGUUUCUGAUCCGUAUGGCAGUUCCUGUUCAAUGAACGGAGCCGAGCAUGUGCUUGUUCAUGUUUAUGUUUGUUUAUUAUCAGCUUGUUCAUGUUAAUUCAAGGUUGAUUCAAGCUUUCUUGUUUGUGUUCAAGCUUUGUUCGUUUAAGUUGAUGGAUGUUCAUGUUUGGUUUGUGUUUGAUUCAUGUUCGAUUCAUUUCGUGCUUAUCGAGCUUUAAACAAAUAUGUUCAAAAAUGAGUUCUAUCGAGCCUACUAACAAACAUGUUUGUGAAUAUUUUUAGCGAUUGUUUCGAACUACGUACCAAACGAGCAUAUUCACGAACAUAUAGAGUGUUUUUGAGCUACCAAAUGAGCCUAUUCACAAACAUAUCUAGUAAAGGUUUUUGAACUAUCAAAUAAGUUUGUACACAACACAUCUAGUAAGUGUUUUUGAAUUACCAAAUGAGC